CACCUCCAGCAGAGAAAAGAUGAAUCCUCCAGUUCUGCUCUCCGUCCUGCUGCUCAUUUCUGCCGUCCAUGCUUUCCAGUACACGGAGCUGGUGCAGUACAUUGACAGCCAUCAAGAAGAAUAUGUAGAGGCUCUGCGGGACUGGGUUGCGAUCGAAAGUGACUCCAGUAACGUUCUGAAGAGACCAGACCUGCAUCGCAUGAUGGAGAUGGCGGCUCAGAAGCUGAGGCUGAUGGGGGGGGCUGUCGAGCUGGUGGACAUCGGAGAGCAAGAACUUCCUGACGGGACGACGUUAGCGCUGCCUAAAGUGGUGACAGCUCACUUUGGCAACGACCCCAACAAACACACAGUGUGUGUCUACGGUCAUGUGGACGUCCAGCCGGCGAAGCUAGAGGAUGGCUGGGCAACGGAUCCCUACAACCUGACCGACAUCAAUGGUAACCUGUACGGAAGAGGAGCAUCAGAUAACAAGGCCCCAGUUUUAGCCUGGAUUCAUGCUGUGGAGGCUUACCAGGCCCUCAACAUGGAGCUGCCAGUGAAUGUGAAGUUCGUCAUCGAGGGCAUGGAGGAGACAGGCUCUAACGGCCUGGACGCCAUGAUCCUGGCCCAGAGAGACACCUUCUUCUCUGACGUGGAUUACAUAAUCAUCUCAGACUGCGGCUGGCUCAGCAGGCGACCCGCCCUCACCUACGGCACCAGAGGCAACUGUUACUUCUUUGCUGAGGUUGAAGGACCUAAACAGGAUUUACAUUCUGGAGUGUAUGGCGGCUCUGUGAUUGAACCAAUGACUGACCUCGUUGGCAUUCUUGACACACUGAUCAGCCCUAUUGGUAAGAUCCUGAUUCCUGGGAUCAGGGAGGCUGUGGCUCCCCUCUCUGAUGAGGAAUGGAAGAUGUACCAGGACAUUGAGUUUGACAUCGAAAACUACAAGAAGAAGAUCAGUGUCAACCAGCUCAUGUACAGCAACAAAGUGGACUUGUUGGCCCACAUGUGGCGCUACCCCACCGUCUCCAUCCAUGGUAUCGAGGGGGCCUUCUCUGACCCUGGCACAAAGACUGUCAUCCCUGCUAAGGUUACUGCCAAGUUCUCCAUUAGACAGGUUCCCAACAUGGACCCUGCAAUGGUCAAGAAACAGGUAACAGACUACCUUCACUCAGUGUUUGCCAAGAGGAGGAGUCCGAACACACUGAAAGUCACUAUGGUGAUUGGAGCGAAGCCUUGGCUGGCUGACACUCAGCACCCUCUGUAUGAGGCUGGGAAGGCUGCUGUCAAGAGAGUUUUUGACAUGGAUCCUGAUCUGAUCCGUGAGGGCGGGACCAUCCCUAUUGCCAGAACCUUCCAGGAUGUGACGGGAAAAAGCAUCAUCAUGAUGCCCAUCGGAGGCUUUGAUGAUGGGCUGCACUCCCAGAAUGAGAAGAUGAGCAGGUACAACUACAUCGAGGGAACCAAGUUAUUCAUCGCCUUCCUUAAUGAAGUGUCCCAGAUUAAGAAGACUACUGUGUGAUGCUUUAUAGCAUUAUAAAGUGACCCCCUGUCUGUCUGUCUGUCUGUCUGUCUAUCUAUCUAUCUAUCUAUCUGUCUGUCUGUCUAUCUAUCUAUCUAUCUAUCUAUCUAUCCAUCUAUCUAUCUAUCUGUCUGACUA